ACUUAAAUAGCACUUGGCAGGUGAACAAGAAGUGCCAGAUCUGUUUCUCUGCGGUGCAUAACUUCAGAGCAGACCGCUCGAGCCGUGCGCACUUGACUGGAUACAUCCACCGCGCAACACACCCUAAGAAAAACAUGUCGGGUUUGAGUCGCCCUUUCAACCUGCUGAGGGGUGCGAUGAAGCAUCAGAUCAUACCUAAAGCCAACAUUUCAGCCAAGCCACCCAAACACGUGCUAUCCUUUGGGGAGCAAGCAAUUGCAUUGGGGACCAUGUUUGUGACCAUCCUGGGGCCCUCUGGAUGGAUCCUGUCACAUCUAGAGGAUUACAAGAAAGGUCCUGGUGCAGCAGCAGAAUAAACCUGAAGCAUUCCUCUUUACCAAACCUGUUUAAUCUUUGAUAAAUAAAUGAAUGUAUUCGAUGCCUCAA